CCCUGGCUUCGGGAGACCUGGCUGGGGGUGGGGCGGAUCUCAACCCGCGUGUGGGCCCAUUCUUCAGAAUCCCGGAUCUUUCCCUGCCCAGUUCCAUACCCUCAUGCUCGGCAUACUGGCCCAGCCCUGGGUCCAGCGGGCCCCGGACCCACCGGGGGAAACGGGGGCGUGGGGGAUAGGGGUCGCCUCCAAGGGACGGAAACAGAGUCCUGGAGGCCAGACACGGCGCGGGGUCGGGGCUCCGGACGAGAGCAAGGACGUGGUGUCGCUGAGGAGCCUCCCCGAGGGGUCCCGGCCAGCCCGGGCCUGCCAGCCAUCAGUAACCUUUGAAGAUAUCGUUGUGGACUUUACCUGGGAGGAGUGGGAGCACCUGGAUAUGGCUCAGAGGCACCUGUACAAGGAUGUGAUGCUAGAGAAUUAUAAGAACCUUAUUUCCCUGGGGUUUCCAAUUUGUAAGCCAAUGGUGAUCUCCCAGCUAGAAAGAGGAGAUGGAUCAUGGAUGCUGAGGAAAGACAUUCCGAGAAGCACCUCUCCAGGUCCCCUUUGUCAGGUGAGUACAGGUGAAACCAAGGACUCCACUCCAAAGCAGGGUAAUUGUAUGGGGGAAUCAUCUAAGACAACACUCACAGUGAAGAGUAAUGAAUGUGUCAAAGCCUUAAAGCAGAUCAAUCAAUCAACCAAUCAGAUGGGGCACCUUAUUAUGCAUCAGAAAAUUCAUACUGCCGAGAAACUCUUUAAAUGCAAUGAAUGUGGAAAAGCCUUUAACUGCAACUCAGGUCUUCUUAUGCACCAGAGAAUUCACACUGGAGAAAAACCCUACACAUGUAAUGAAUGUGGGAAAACCUUUAGACACAGGAGGACCCUUACUGAUCACCACAGAAUUCACACUGGAGAAAAACCCUACAGAUGUAAUGAGUGUGGAAAAGCUUUCAGCUUCAACUCGGGCCUUACUGUACAUCGAAGAAUUCAUAGUGGAGAGAAAUCCUACAAGUGUGAUGAAUGUGGGAAAGCCUUCAGAGAGAGGGGAAGCCUUAAUAGACACCAGAAAAUUCAUACUGGAGAGAAAGCUUAUAAAUGUAAUGAGUGUGGGAAAGCCUUUAGACAGAAGGGGCACCUUACUAUACAUCGGGAAAUUCAUAAUGGAGAGAAAUCCUAUAAAUGUAAUGAAUGUGGAAAAGCAUUCACUCGGAGAGACAGCCUUAACAUACAUCAGAAAAAUCAUAGUGGAGAGAAAGCCUAUAAAUGCAAUGAAUGUGGAAAAUCAUUCAGCUGGAGGGGAAGCCGCUACAUGCAUCAGAAAAUUCAUACUGGAGAGAAGUCCUAUAAAUGUAAUGAAUGUGGGAAAGCUUUCAGCCAGAAGGGAAACCUUACUAUACAUCAGAAAAUUCAUACUGGAGAGAAAUCCUAUAAAUGGAAUGAGUGGGGUAAAACCUUCAAGCAGAGAGAACACUGUAGAGUACGUCACAAAAUUCAUACUGGAGAAAACCCUAUAAAUGGAAUGAAUGUGGGAAAGCCUUGAGAAAGGGGCUCCACUUCUGUACGUGAGACAAUUAAGACUGGAGAGAAAGUCUCAUACUGGAACAAACCACAAGGCAUCCUUUAUCUGUAGAGGAACAAACGUGGGAAUGUUUUCAUCAAGACGGGCAUAAAUUACUGAACACUAAAUUACAGAAUUAGAGUUAGACCACUGAGACUUAGAAGUGAUCUUAGAGCCAUCUAUCCUAGUCUCUUGAUCUAACAUAUGAUGAUAUUGUUGAGCAAAGGAGUACAGGAUUCCAGCAAUAAGUCCUUCCUGAGAACUGUUUGAAGCACAAGAUCACCUUGGCUGCUUAGCCUGCCCUCCCAAACCAUGGCCUGAUCGAAUUUGUGUUCCAGACCUCCAGAUCUCUUACUCACAAACUGCUGCCAAUCAUGCCUCCCUCAUCUUGGCACAAUGGAAUGGAUUUUCUUAAUUCCAGCUCAGCCACUGGAUGAAUUCUGCAGCCCAGCUGGCUUUGUGUCACAUGCAGCUUUGAUAAGGAUACAGGCUAUAGGGGCAGCUCAGUGGUGCAGUGGAUAAAGCACCGGCCCUGGAUUCAGGAGGACCUGAGUUCAAAUCUGGCCUCAGACACUUGACACUAGCUGUGUGACCCUGGGCAAGUCACUUAAACCUCAUUGCCCUACACCACCCCCAAAAAAUGAAUUUUUAAAAAAAGGAUACAGGCUAUACCUUUGCCCCAGUCACUGAUUAAAAACAACAUAAGCUCCUUAUGGCCAGGGACUACGAUUUUUUUUUGUCUUUGUAUCUUUAGGACCAUAGAGUUAGAGCCAGAUGGGAUCUCACAGCACUUCUAGAGCAGCUGAGUACUUAAUAACAACAGCUGAAAUUUAUAUAGUAUUUGAAUGUUUGCAAAGCACUUUGCAAAUAUCUCAUUUGAGCCUUACAACAA